AGUUGGCCAACCCCAAGCUUCCCUCCCGCGGCUGCCUGCGCGCUCUGUUUUCGCUGGCCCAUCCUCCGUCCCUGAAAAGCUGCCCCAUCCCUUCCUCCUUAAGCGUUCGCGUGCUCAGUGCGGAUACAGCAGCGGGCUGCGCUAGGAGAGCGGAUUCUCCAGAGUUCCUGUUACUGAAACAAGCUCUCGCGGAGCUCCCGGUCGGUGGGUGAAUGAGGUUGAUGCUGUUCUGCUGCACGUGGAAGGACGAACGCAUGGGAGAGGAGGAAGCUGGUGGGAACUUGCCUGUGUGCUCAGGAUGCAGACUCAGGAUCUAUGAUGAUCAGUACCUGCAGGCGCUCAACGCGGACUGGCACGCCGUCUGCUUCCGGUGCUGUGAAUGUCGUGUCUCCCUGUCCCACUGGUACUAUGAGAAGGACGGCCAGCUCUUCUGCAAAAAGGACUACUGGGCCCGCUUUGGUGAACUGUGCCAUGGGUGCUCAGAGGCCAUCACUACUGGCCUCAUUAUGGUGGCUGGGGAUCAGAAGUAUCACCCGGAGUGCUUCUCUUGCCUCGGCUGUGGCUCCUUCAUCGGGGAUGGAGAUACAUACGCUCUGGUAGAGCGCUCCAAACUCUACUGUGGGCACUGUUACUACCAGAACAUCGUUACCCCAGUGACGCUUCCAGACUCUUCGUGCUCCAGGAUUCCACACACAGUGACGCUGGUGUCCAUCCCGGCCUCCACUGAUGGAAAGCGGGGCUUCUCUGUGUCCAUCGACAGGGGCUGCAGUCCCGGAGUCUGUGGGCCCGAGGCCAACCCCACCGUCAGGGUGUCAGAACUGGACUCGGACUGUAUCAGCCCAGACGUGAAGAGCUCAGUACACGUCGGGGACCGGAUCCUAGAAAUAAACGGCACCCCUAUCCGGAAUGUUCCGCUGGAUGAGAUUGACUUGCUGAUCCAGGAGACUGGCCGGCUCUUGCAGCUGACCAUAGAGCACGACCCCCAUGAUCGGGGGCGAACGGGGGAGCGGGUUGAAGGGGCAAGCCCACCAUCAGAAGAGUCCAGCCAGGUCAGGCCAGUCCCUACACCCCCAUCCAACCUGGACGUCACCAACCUGCGCUCCCGAGUCAUCACGCGUAGCUGCAGUAUAGAUAAGUCUCCAUGCUCCAGCAGUGCAGCCUCGCCUCUUUCUCAGAAGAAGGACAUCGGACGCUCCGAGUCACUGCGCGUCGUCUCCAACGAUAGGACACACCGCAUCUUCCGGCCCUCAGACCUCAUCCAUGGCGAGGUUCUGGGAAAGGGCUGUUUUGGACAGGCGAUAAAGGUGACGCACCGGGAGACGGGGGAGGUGAUGGUGAUGAAGGAGCUGCUUCGGUUCGAUGAGGAGACGCAGAGGACCUUCCUGAAGGAGGUGAAGGUGAUGCGAUGUCUGGACCAUCCCAAUGUCCUGAAAUUCAUUGGGGUCCUCUACAAGGACAAGAGGCUCAACUUCAUCUCAGAGUACAUCAAAGGAGGGACACUCAGAGAAAUCAUCAAGAAAAUGGACAGCAAAUAUCCGUGGAAACAGCGAGUGAGCUUCGCCAAGGACAUUGCUGCUGGGAUGACCUAUCUGCACUCCAUGAACAUCAUUCACAGGGACCUGAACUCUCAUAACUGCCUGGUCAGAGAGAAUAAGAGCGUGGUGGUGGCUGACUUCGGUCUGGCUCGGCUGAUGGUGGAGGACCGCGCCCAGGACGGGGUGUCCGCCGAGAAGCUGCCGGGCCUAAAGAAGCCAGAUCGCAGGAAGAGGUACACAGUGGUGGGGAACCCCUACUGGAUGGCCCCGGAGAUGAUCCACGGGAAGAGCUACGAUGAGAGAGUGGACAUCUUCUCCUUUGGCAUCAUGCUGUGUGAGAUUAUUGGCAGGGUGAACGCUGACCCAGACUACUUGCCUCGGACCAUGGAUUUCGGCCUGAAUGUGAAGGGGUUCUUGGACCGCUACUGUCCGCCAGACUGCCCGCCCUCUUUCUUCCCCAUCGCCGCCCGCUGCUGCGACCUGGAUGUGGACAAACGCCCCCCCUUUGCCCAGUUGGAGGAGUGGCUGGAGAACCUGAAGAUGCACCUGGAUAUCCGGUUACCCCUGACCUCCGAGCUGGACCAGAUACACCGGUCCUUCUGGCAGAACCAUGCCCGAUCGGAGAACGGGCUCCAUACCCACCUGGAGCAGCCUGAGUAGCCCAGAGAGGUUCCGGAACAGACCGGACCAGACCGGACCAGACCGGACCAAACUGGACCUCUGAUGACCCUGUGGACAGUGGGUGAGGGGCGUGGGUUAUUAUGGAGGCUCCACCCCCUUCCCCAGGCUGGUAGGCAGCUGUCACAGGGGCUGCUCACAGUGGCGGGAGGGCCUCAGGGGGUGGGGCUGUGGCGGCCGUGGCCGCAUGGACUUUGGGGGAGGACCCAGAAUGCAGAGGCAACCGUUCUGCCGACGUUCUGCUAAACCCACUCAAGACAAAAAAAGGCACUCUCCUUCUGCUGUUAGGGCUGGAAAGGUCAGCUCGUGGUCAGAGCAGCUUCAGCGUUUUGAAUGUCUGGUGUCUGUGUCGCUCGCAUGUCUUACCCCAGCCUGAGCUUAGCAAUCAGCCGAGUCUGGAACAAAGGGCCCGCUGCCUGCUCCUCUCAUUCAUAACUUAUUUAUCAGAGUGUAUGGCUGUGUAACACAGUCCUCAAAAGAUGCAAGUUUUUGAUGCAGUGAAACAAGGGAUUUUUUUUCUUCUUAAAUCUGUACAAGGGUCAACCUGCGAGCUAGUGCUGUACAGAUGUGUCCCACCGUCAUUUGAAUGCUGUUUAUUAUUUAGCUGAGUUUGAAGCAUCAGAGCUCCCAAAGACCCUUAUUUGUGUGUUACCCUCAGAUUGCAAAGAUGAGGUAUUUAUCAGGUUCAGCUACAGGUGGUCCCGAAUAUCAUUGGUGGGGGACACAAGCCAAUCACAAGCCCUUUAUUCCCUGAGGUCAGUAUGCAUGUGUUCCACCACAGAUACAGAACUACUAGAUUGGGCACAGCCAUAGAAAGCAAAGGCCAAGAGCAUGCAAACUCUGAGGCUAUUUCAGACUCCCUUAAACAUCUGGCAGAUUCUGGUUUGAUUUAAACUAACAUUCCGGAAUGUUUGGCUGCCUGUGUGUGCAUAUGCUUCAAGUGCCCAACUGGUACAGGAACUGGAAGUCCUGUGUAGAAACACUGGACCCACCUAGUAGUUCUGUGUCCGUGCUUUCAACUUGGUGUCCCUUGGGAAUUUCCCCCCAUACUUCCUUUUCUGCAUAGACUCUUACAGCUUACAGCCGAUUGAUCGUUUGGCAAUCCAAAUCAUUUCAGUUGUGAAGAGCCUUCCUUCUUCCCUGCUGAGCCAAGCCCAUACUGUAUAUAGCAAGUUAAGGCUUAUUAUGUACUGUAAAUGUUAAUGUUAAAUGUUAAUGUAACAUGUACAGAGUUAUUUUAUAUAAAUAUGCAAUAUUGUCAUGCUUUAUUAAGAAAUGAAUUGUCAAAUCUGGAUUUGAAAAAAUAAUGCACAGGAAUCAGUUAACUCUUCCUAGUGCUCCAAAGUUCUUGUGAAUGCAUGGCAACUAUGUGGCAGGGUCAGCGGUACCAUCCAAUUUGCUGUGUGUACAUUCUGCCAGUAGGGGACAGAGAAGGAAGCCCUUCCAACGUGUGUUCACACAACAAGCUGUUUUCUCUUUUUUAGAGUCUGUAAAGUGGUCCAGAACCUGUGAUGUUAAAAAUGUUGCUUUUUUGCUGUCUCAUGGAAUACAAUCAGAUCAAAGCAGGGCCAGAGUAAGGGGUGUGGCACUUUAGUAGUCAGCAUAUCAGGUGUGAGCAGUCUGAAAUAUUAAUUAAUAUCGUUUUUAUUUAUUUUGUUAACAAUUUGUCCCACUCAAAAUGAGUUCUUCUCAGUAUUAAUCACCUGUCAGUUGUUGCUGUCUUCACCUGAUUGAUAACAACAAAAUUGCAAAUCAUUUGAAUGGACAUGGCAAGGGGUUUAAGGUUCUGAGUUGGCAUUCUGUGCUCUGGUUAUCAGUCCUUACUUUGCCCAUCCGGGGUAAAAUGCAUCUGUAAAUGUCUGUGUACAUACUCAUCUCUCUCUCUCUCUCUUUUUCUCUCUCUCUCUCUCUCCCUCUCUCUCUCCCU